GAAACUUUCAUUGUUGGAAACAGAACCUUCUCGCAGUACGUCCCUCGUGUUUCCGAAAGUGUUCCUCACCUACUUAAAAGUUAUUUAUUUCCGAAGUACAGUAUUCGCCCUAUAAAUACGGAUUUAGCGCGGAUUUGAUUUACGUCUGCAGCUGUCUCACAGUGAUAAUAAAAUCGUUAAUUUCAGAGAUAAACUUCGAGUAACGCGUAAAAAUGACCGGAAUCACGGCUGCCGGCGACGGACGACGCGCCCUUGGUCAGGCUUAUAAAGAUAAAAGCAAACCAGCCGAUAUUCGUGCCAGCAACAUCAACGCGGCUAAAGCUGUGAGCGAUGCCAUCCGCACAAGUCUGGGUCCACGUGGUAUGGACAAAAUGAUCCAAGCUGGCAACGGUGAAGUAACAAUCACCAAUGAUGGUGCAACAAUUUUGAAACAAAUGAAUGUGGUACAUCCUGCAGCCAAAAUGUUGGUGGAAUUAUCGAGGGCUCAAGAUAUCGAAGCUGGAGACGGCACUACGAGCGUCGUAAUAGUUGCUGGUGCACUACUGGAGGCUGCUGAACGGCUAUUGCAUAAAGGAAUUCACCCAACUUCGAUAAGCGAUGCUUUCCAAAAGGCAGCUCUUAAGGCAGUUGAAAUUUUAAAAGGAAUUUCUCACCCUGUGGAAUUAACUGACAGAGAGGCAUUAAUCAAGAGUGCUGCAACCUCUUUGAACUCGAAGGUAGUUUCUCAACAGUCAAGCCUUCUCGCUCCAUUGGCUGUAACAGCCGUUCUAAAAAUUACGGAACCAGGAAUGGAAGCUGCUGUAGACUUGAAAGACAUCAAAGUCAUCAAGAAACUCGGUGGUACAACUGAAGACACAGAACUCAUUGAUGGAUUAGUGUUCACACAAAAAUCGUGUAACGUCAAUGGGCCAAAACGAAUCGAGAAAGCUAAGAUCGGUCUCAUUCAGUUCUGCAUUUCACCACCAAAGACCGACAUGGACCACAACGUUAUUGUAUCAGACUACUCUGCAAUGGACCGCGUGUUGAAAGAAGAGCGUGCAUACAUCUUGAAUAUUGUUAAGCAAAUAAAAAAGAGUGGUUGCAACGUCCUUCUUGUGCAAAAGUCGAUUCUUCGAGAUGCUAUGAGCGAUCUUGCCAUCCAUUUCCUGGACAAGAUCAAAGUAAUGGUCAUAAAAGACGUCGAGCGAGAGGACAUUCCUUACGUUUGCAAGACGUUGGGCUGCAGGCCAAUCGCCUCGCUCGAUCAUUUUACACCUGAGAACCUAGUGAAUGCAGAACUUUGCGAAGAGGUUCAAACUGGGAGUUCGAAGUUUGUCAAGAUCACUGGAAUCCAAAAUCCGGGGCGUACAGUUACAGUAUUAGUUAGAGGCAGCAAUAAACUGGUGCUGGAAGAGGCUGCUCGAUCUCUGCACGACGCAUUGUGCGUAAUUCGUUGUCUGGUCAAACAGAAAGCACUUAUUGCAGGUGGCGGAGCACCGGAAACUGAAAUAGCUCUCAAACUUGCUGCUUAUGCGCAGACGAUCGGUGGCACAGACGCCUACUGCUUCAGAGCGUUUGCUAACGCUCUUGAGGUAAUUCCGUCAACCUUAGCAGAGAACGCAGGGCUUAACUCAAUCGCCACUGUCACCGAGCUACGCAACAGGCAUGCUCAGGGUGAAGUAAUGGCAGGAAUUAAUGUUCGCAAAGGGGCAAUAACGAAUAUUUGGGAAGAAAAUGUCGUUCAACCUCUUCUUGUCUCGACCAGCGCCAUUACCUUGGCUUCUGAGACUGUCCGUAGUAUAUUGAAGAUCGAUGAUAUCAUUAAUACCAUGCAGUAAACUGUUAGUCUUGACAUGAUUGCGCGACAUGUUCAUCAGCAUUGUAAGUGCAAUGUGUCACAAUGCUCGUAAAGUAACUUUUUAUUCGUUCGUUUGAAUCUGGAGAAAAAAGACACUGUUUGUUUCUUUUUCUGCUAAUUACAGAUUUUACCGUACCAUUGCAUUGGCUUUUCCCGAGAAUGACGCUUUACAUAAUUCAUUAUUAAUCGAUAUCGAUACGUUCAUGUUCGACAUAUUACUGAGGAUCUACGUCUUGGGCUCGAUUCUCUUAUUCCAACUAAAGCUACAUUAAAUGCUUCACUCUUAUGCACUUCUUGUAUUCAUAUGAGAUUAUAUAAUAAAAUGAAUUUAA